GUUGAUGUUGCCCGCCAUGAUUAUUUUGUUGAAAGGAUUUUCCCUAGAAUAAAAGAUUCUGAUAAGGGAGGGAUCAUGAUAUUCACCAGUUCUCACUCCGAAUCUAUUAAAAUCCUCGAAUUUUUGCGUUCGGAGAGGGCCUCCGUCUAUCUGGUUGGAGAUGAGGAUGCAGAGCUGGAUUUUUCAAGUGCACGUCGUCAGUUCUCUGAACGGAAAAUUAAAAUAAUGCUUUACACGGAGAAAUCCCACUUCGACAACAGAUACCAGAUUGAUGGAGUUAACUAUCUAAUCAUGUAUUCACUCCCAGAGAGAAAGGAGUUUUACUUUGAGAUUCUUAAAAUGCUUGCUAAGUCUGAAAACAUGGCGUGCACAGCCCUUUUUUCGCGUUUAGACAAGUAUCGGCUGCUAGGAAUUGUUGGAACUGAGCUGGCGAACUUCUUAUUGUUUUCUGAUGAGACUAUUACUGAAUUUAUCAAAUAGAUUGAACUACCAAAAGUUUCUUGAAAAAGAUAUCGA